GUCGGUUUCAGUCAGUUGGCGCCUGUUUACUCACAUGUGUUUUCCUCACACAGGCCGCGAAAAUACUGUUAAAGUUGUGUAGUCAUGGAAAGAACAGCCCUAAAUUAAUUGGAAUCGCUGCAAGAUGCUGACUUCUAACGAACUGCCGACCGAAGUCGUCCGCAGCGUACCUCUAAAAAUAUCCGACGAUGGAACGCUGAAGAAGAAAAAGAAAAAGCGAGGAUCAUUUGCGAGUGAUCUGAAGUUUGCGUACCAAUGGAAUGAAAAUGAGGGUCACUUGAUGGGAUUUGACACGGUCAGCGGAACCAAUUUUGGAGAGUACAGCUUUGGUGACGGAGUGAAAGACAACGCUGCUAUUGAAGCGGUUGUCGAGUUUGAAAAUGGUACCAACCUGGCCUGCUGCGCUGUCAGCUACGAAAACAGGUGUUUGCUCUGCUGCGUUGACCUGAGCCUUUCCAAAGUGAUGCAUUCCAUCAAGAUCAAGAAAUAUCCUCUGACCACGCUGAAGGUGAUCUGGCAUGGAUCCCUGUUCCCAAGCGCUGCCGCGAAAGUGCAUCCCAUCCUUCGCAACUCCGGUGGACUGAUCGCCGCUGGACAGAUUGGCGGCAAGGUGCUGCUCAUUGACAUGCAGACCAACCACGCUAACUGGUGGAAGCACGAAGAGUUCAACCCUACAAACCUGAGCAUGGUUGGCAGCGAGAGCUGCGGCGACCCUGUCGUCCUGCAGAAAGCAGAGUCUUUGAUGCAGAAGGGACUCCAUUUGGCUGUUGUCCUUGACGGAGGGCAUAAUGAAACGCUCGAGGUCACCUGCAUGCAAUUCUGCAAAGAGCCAAAUAUCCUAAUUGUCGGACACAACACGGGACACUUUGACAUCUGGUCCCUCAUGACCCUUUCCAGAAUCUACGCUGGAGAGCCGACUGGAGGAAAGAUUUCACACAUUAUGAGCAUGCUGCCUGAGGAUGAUCCUCGUAAGUCGAUUUACAUCUGGAUCGUAGAAAACGGCAGACCAGAAGACAGCAUUGUUGAUGACCACAACGUCUGUGCCUCAGCCAACUUGCAUGUCGUCUCUUACAAAUCCGGUGGGAACGUCUCCAAUGAUUAUGAGAAGUUAGAAUCAGUGAACUGCGUGUUUCGGCUGUUGUUCGACAAGGUGGGAGACAGCAAUGAAACAGAUACAUAUACAACAACAUGCGUGUCCGUUUCCCCAAUCAGUAUCGACAUCAACAACCACUAUCUCUCCUCGCUGAACUGCACCGGGCUGUGCUCGUUUGUGUGGUCUGAACAGAAUUUGAGCCCAAGAACGAAUUUUAAGUUCUACUCAGCCAUCUUCGACCUCGGCCGGUGGUACGCUGAGGAGAUGCCCAAGCAAGCGCUCGUCUCAGAGUUGGAGAUUGUGCCCAAGUCUUACCUGGCCUACGCGCAGCUGGACACUGGCAGGAGUGAGUUACUAGAGGCCAAGGUCUGCUCCAGCGGCACCAAGAAGAACAUUUGGGAACUCAACGAAGAGGUCACCAGCUUUGCAGCCUCAACCUCAUUCUCCAUGCUCCUCAUCACCAAUAAAAACAUCCAGGAGAUAUACUUCCCUGGCAUCCAGAGCUUCCUGUUUGACAAAAUCGAUGAAAUGAAACCUUGGGAACUGAUUGAGCCACACAACUUAUUCACCAAGUGCAUAGUCGCUGGCCUGAUGCCUGAGGGAAUGUACUCUGCAAAGAAAAUAUAUCCUAAGGUAAAAAUGGUGGAAGCCAUUUACGAGGUGGCCAUCAACCAUAAUCUACUGGCGUUCAUGCGACGUUGUGCCUCUGAAUUCUUCGACGGGAAGUAUGAAAACGAUGGGCUCUCAACUCAGCACCUCUUUGAGUGGGCCUGGAACAAAGCUGUUGAGGUUAAAUCCAAAAUCGAUGACUUGCUGAAUUCGAUGUACUCUGGCCAAGAAAUGACUCAGAGCGACAAAAACUGUCACAACCAGUAUGUGAGCGACCUGAAAUGCAUUGCGAAACUGUUCUCACACGUUGAGAAAGAGAAACUUUUGCACUUAGAAGAUUCGCGGCGGGGGCUACAGCAGCGCAUCAGGGGUCUUAGUCUGGUCAAUGACUAUCUGCGAUGCGUUCAGUAUUUCUGCACGUGCCGACUAAUACCAAACGCUGCGAGCAGGGGCCUCCGCAGACUGGACCUUCUCAAGAAUGAGUACACUUUAAGGAGGCAGAAGGAUGGUGAGCUGCUGGUUGAUCUACUUGUGAAUCGUUUCGGCAAGGAGCUGAAAGACCUGUGGAUUUCUUUGGGCGGGGAUGGAAUUUACCCUCCGCCGUCCAUGCAUUCCAUCUUGGUCAUUUUCCUGCUGGAUGCAGCUCACAUUAGAGACAAACACUGCCUGAUGCUCUACUUCCUGAACGACAUCACUAAAGCGUCUAGAAUGAAUGAAUCUUUGGCAGCUGGUUAUAAGGAGAUGAUCUCAAGCCAGGAAUGCAAUGAACAAGUAUUCACGGCUCAGUUCCUGUGGUCUGUUGACCGUGGCUACCUACUGGAUGCCCUGAAGGGUAUGGGAAAUGAUAAGCUGGACCCGAGCUGGACUGAAACCAUUUUCGCCCAUCUGAACCUGAGGAGCACGUCUAAGGACCUUUAUGAAGUGUACCGCUGCAUUGGACUUGACACCGACACCAUUGACAGAAAGAAGUUUGUCAUUUCUCUCUUCCUUGAUAAUGGGUUGGUCGUGCCAGCCUUCAAAUGGAUUCGAUCGACCAAUGCUGGCGUUUUCGACAGUACAUGCUUUGCUUUCUUCUUGAAAAGAACUCAUGAGGUGAGCGGCCUGGACAAACUGGUUGCCAAGGAACUGUCGCUGAACCCUCCAGAAUUGUCCAUGUUGUACAAUUACCUGAAACGACACAACCUCUCUGGCUUAGUCACACAGCUUGAGGAAAAGAUUGGAAUGUCAAAUUUUGUACCGUCUGAAGUGGAAGAUGGAAAAAUAUAUGAUGACGUGCUGGAUUUCAAGCUGCCUGAAGUGUUCACUCGAAAUAGUGGAAAGCCUAUUGAGUCUGUAGAGGUAUUGAAGUUUCUGAAGGGCAGCUUUACUACCAUGAAGCAAAUGUUCUGCACACCACUCACCAACUGCAUUCUUCCUGAGGCAUACAAGCCAUCCAUAUUGAAGACCACUGAUUCUCCAGCUGCCAGUCCUAUGCACAUGUCACCAGGGAUGUCACCAUCUCUAAAGCGGCUCAGAUUCCAACUUCCAAAACAAGUUGAUUUGUCCUCAAUCUCCUCAAGUAGCAAUGGAAGCUCUCCCGUUGUAGAGGACCUGACGCCCUUUCAGUUUCAGUCCCCGCACCAGGCUUCCACGCCCAUAUCAACACCUGCAACGUCUCUAGAGCCUGACUCAGUGUUCGAGUUUUCCAAUCCAAGCCCAGUGCUGCACCCGCGGCUGGAGAGUGUGAAGCAGCUGGAGGGUGAAGCCUUUUUCUCGCCGCUGUCCAAGUCUUCCCUGUCCACCGUGAGCGACGUCAUGGAGCCUGACCACAAUUUCGUUGCUGACAUUGUUGAGCACAACACCUCGACUCCCGUUGAUACCGGUUUAACUGUGGCCGAAAAAGACAACUCUCUGUAUUUUGAAACAGACGCUCCACCAGAGAGGAAAGAGGUUCUUAUUGAAGAUGAGGACUCGUUUGAAUACGAGACACGCACUCCGUUGAUCCAGCGGGUCGCUCCGUUCGUCAACACUGCGCAGCGAAAGCGCAAGCUUACCGAACUCGCCGCGGACAUCCUGACUGUUCCUGCUAUUGUAUUGUCGGAAUGCGAGGAAGAUGCCUCAAUGACAGAAGCGGAAAGCGAUAAGCUGUCUCCGCAAAGCGCAUCAAACGAAUCCUUCUUCUCCAUUUGUUCGGACAAAACCUCUCCCAACUCCAGCAUUGCGAGCUUCACCUCAGCCAUGGACGUAACUAUCACAUUGCCUGAUGAUGAGGAUGAGAAUGGCUGUCCCAUAACCAAGAAGCGGCGCUCCGAGAUGUUUGAACACACGGAUCUCACGCCCACCAAGCCUGAUGGUGACGAGUCAGACGACUUGAUCGACCAGGAUUUCUCCCCCAGCAAAUUCUGGCAGCCCCCAGCCUUGGCUCCCAUGGAUCUGGCACCUGGCCCAAGUGCCUGUGACUCCAUAGAUUACAGCUCGUUGCCUAAACCUCCACAGAGACCUAGCCCGCGAAAAUCGAUUCGCAGAAGUCCGUUUGAUGAAGACCAAGCCCCCGUAUCUUUGUCAUUUGUCCCGCUGACCCCUGAAAAACUGUCCACACCUGAGACCCAAGAGAAACCAUCUAUACCAGAGACCUCAGAAGAAACGGACACACAUAUAAGUCAAAACAUAAGUACAGCGACUGAACUGGAACCUGAAAUGGUGGCGGAUAUCAACGUCAAACAAGAAGUAACUGCUGAAAUAGUGUCUGAAUCGGUCGCUAAAAAAGACAAUUUAUAUGACUCUGUUUUCCACCGCACCGUUGACCUCACGCUUGAGCGAGACUUGUUGGAACUAGAGGCGGAGCACAAUGCUAAGCCAGCUGAAGACUUGGCUGAGGUGGACCAUGAGUUUGACGUAACGCUCAAUAAAACUGUGAUACUAGUUUCCUCAGAUGGAAGUAUAGAAUCGCCAACUAAGAUUUCUAAAAUGAAGAUGGAGCCAGUUUCUCCUGACAUUGAUACCAAUUCUAGUAAAUCUUCUCAAUCGUGUUUCUCUCCUUCAAAAAUUGUGGAUUCUCUGGACACUCUUGAAGAGACAACUGAAAUUAAAACUGAGCGAGAAUCCUUAACACCCAUGGAAGUUGAUGAGGAGAUUGAAGCUCCUUUAGAAGAAGCUGAAGAAAAUGUUCAGUCUGAAAUUGAACCCAAGAUUGAAGAUGUACCAUUUGAAAUGGAUUCCAUACAGACUACACCUGUCGCACCAGUUGAAAGUGUGGUUCCAGAGAAGCCAAUUGAGGAGUCAAUGGAACCAGUUCCUCAAGAGACUGCUGAGCUUCCAGACAGAUCAGCCACAAUAGAAGAAUCAGCACCUGAAGACACUCCGAAUUUAGAGCAGACUCUACCCCUUGAGCCUCCAAGAACACGGAGAAGACCUCUUUCCUCAAGGCAGACUGCAAAGAAGGCCACAGAACCAGUUCCUCAAGAAACCGCCCAGCCUGAAGAUGAGCUGGCUGAAAUUGAAGAAAAUCCCGCGCCAGAAGUUACACUGAAGAGAGAGGAGACACCUUCUCUUGAGUCUCCAAGGAAGCAGGGAAGACCUCAAACUGUGAGGCAGCCUGCAAAGAAGGAGGCAGAAUCAGCUCCUCAAGAAUCUGUCCAGCCAAUAGACAAGCCAUCUGAAAUUGAGGAAGAAGUGGUGCCUGAAGACACACUGAAAAGAGAGCAGACACCGCCCCUUGAGUCUCCAAGACCGCGGAGAAGACUCCCGUCCUCAAGGCAAGCUGGGAAGAAGGCUACAGAACCAGCUCCUCAAGAAACUGCCCAGCCUCUAGACAAGCCAGCUGAAAUUGAGGAAGAAGUGGUGCCUGAAGACACACGGAAAAGAGAGCAGACGCCGUCUCUUGAGUCUCCAAGAAAGCGGGGAAGACCUCAAACUUUGAGGCAGCCUGCAAAGAAGGAGGCAGAAUCAGCUCCUCAAGAAUCUGUCCAGCCAAUAGACGAGCCAUCUGAAAUUGAGGAAGAAGUGGUGCCUGAAGACACACUGAAAAGAGAGCAGACACCGCCCCUUGAGUCUCCAAGACCGCGGAGAAGACUCCCGUCCUCAAGGCAAGCUGGGAAGAAGGCUACAGAACCAGCUCCUCAAGAAACUGCCCAGCCUCUAGACGAGCCAGCUGAAAUUGAGGAAGAAGUGGUGCCUGAAGACACACGGAAAAGAGAGCAGACGCCGUCUCUUGAGUCUCCAAGAAAGCGGGGAAGACCUCAAACUUUGAGGCAGCCUGCAAAGAAGGAGGCAGAAUCAGCUCCUCAAGAAUCUGUCCAGCCAAUAGACGAGCCAUCUGAAAUUGAGGAAGAAGUGGUGCCUGAAGACACACUGAAAAGAGAGCAGACACCGCCCCUUGAGUCUCCAAGACCGCGGAGAAGACUCCCGUCCUCAAGGCAAGCUGGGAAGAAGGCUACAGAACCAGCUCCUCAAGAAACUGUCCGGCCUCUAGACGAGCCAGCUGAAAUUGAGGAAGAAGUGGUGCCUGAAGACACACGGAAAAGAGAGCAGACGCCGUCUCUUGAGUCUCCAAGAAAGCGGGGAAGACCUCAAACUUUGAGGCAGCCUGCAAAGAAGGAGGCAGAAACAGUUCCUCAAGAAACUGCCCAGCCAAUAGACGAGCUGGCUGAAAUUAAGGAGGAAGUCGUGCCUGAAGACACUUUAAAUAGAGAGCAGACACCACCCCUUGAGUCUCCAAGACCGAGGAGAAGACUCCCGUCCUCUAGGCAAGCUGGGAAGAAGGCCACAGAACCAGCUCCUCAAGAAUCUGCCCAGCCUCUAGACGAGCUAGCUGCAAUUGAGGAAGAAACCGCGCCUGAAGAAACUACGAAUAAAGAGUCUCCAAGAUCGCGGGGAAGACCUCCUGGUCCUAGGCAGCCAGCGAAAGUUAAGGAGAGCGCAAAGGAAACACCAGCUUUGAGAAGCAAGGCUCUUGGCUUAACACUUGAGGCGCAGUUGGAUGAUCUGCUUCAGACUGAGGAAGGCAAGAAAUUAAUGGAUAUGCCUAAGACGAAGGUUGCAAAGAAGGAGCUGCAACCCGAGAAGACCAAGAAGAUGGUAAUGGAGAAGAAAAAGACAGUGCCUAAGCCUGAAAAAGAGACUGCCAUGAAGAGUAAGGAGAAGCCUGCCCCAAAACCUGUGAAAUCCAAGCCAGCACCAAAAUCAGUAAAGGGAAAACGUGAAGAAGAGAAGGCUCAAGUUGGCCCAACUGCGCCUGAAGUGGUUGCUUCCACAUCAAAACCAGCAAGUGCAGUGGUAAAGAAGGAGGCAAAACCACCAACCAAGACCACAGCCGCGAAGAAAAAGGUGGAGAAAGUCGAAGCCAAGCCUGAACCUCCUGUUAUCACAAGGAGAAACUUGAGGAGUGCCUCCCAAGAGCCGAGAUCCUUGCCCGAAGUUGCUACCCCUCAAAAGAGUCCUGUGAAAUCUCGGGCGAAGAAGACCCAGCCAGAAACAAGCUUACCAGAAAAGCAACCUAAAAGUAUGCCCAGGAAGAAAAAGGAGGAGAAUUCCCCUGAGGCCUCAUCCAGAGAGCCGAUGGCAACCUCUCCUCGAAGAGUUCGAAGCAGGAAAGCUGUGGCAGAGUUGUCUGAGCCACUGAGCGCCACUGUAAGGACGAGGCGUCGCUCGCGGUCAGCAUCGAUUGAGCCUGCUUCUGAAAGCAUAAAGACAAGGAACAGAAGCGCGUCUGUGUCAUCGGACUCCUCUUUUGCUAGCCAGGCCUCCACCAUGAGCAGGAAAAGGAAGGCUGACACUGAGUCUGAGGACGAGUCGACUGCAUCUGAGAGUGGACCAAGGAGGAGCGCCAGGAAGAGAAUGGCUCUUCAGAAUAAGAGGGCCCCAAAAGUGUCUAUUAUACCUGAGGAAAAUGCUUGAAUUAAUUUUGUUGCGUUGAUAGCACAUUGGAAGUCAAUUGCUCGUGGAUUACUUUUAAUUUGGUUAAUUAAAAUGAAAUUGUUUUGGUUAUUUCAAUAAUAAAUAUCUUUUAAUGAUGCAAUCUAGGAAA